AAGUCAGGCAUAGGAGCAAAGGGGCAGUUUGGGAAACCCAAAAGAGCACUGUCCAUAUAGAAAGCAACAGCUUGCCACCUCUGCAAAACAGUUCUCAGUUCUCUCACAAAGAGACAGACAGAGAGAGAGAGAGAUAGAGAGAGUCAGAAUUUAAUAAGCUGUGGACUGUGCGAAGGUUUGUUUGAAGCUUCAUUGAUGGAUCCCGACCCCUUCACGGCGAGUUUGUUCAAGUGGGACCCGCGAGGAGUUGUCCCAGCUGCAACAAACCGGUUGCUGGAAGCGGUGGCGCCACCACAAGCAGCAGUGUACUCGGUGAGGCCAAGGGAGCUGGGAGGGCUUGAGGAGUUGUUCCAAGCUUAUGGGAUCAGAUACUACACGGCGGCAAGGAUAGCAGAGCUUGGGUUCACGGUGAAUACUCUGGUGGACAUGAAGGAUAACGAGCUGGACGACAUGAUGAACAGCCUCUCUCAGAUAUUCAGGUGGGACCUCCUCGUCGGAGAGAGGUACGGUAUUAAAGCUGCAGUUAGAGCCGAACGCAGACGCCUCGAUGAGGAGGACUCUCGCCGCCGCCACCUCCUCUCCCCCGACACCACUACCAACACCCUCGAUGCUCUCUCCCAAGAAGGGCUUUCGGAAGAGCCGGUGCAACAGGAAAAGGAAGCGAUGGGAAGCGGCGGAGGUGGGACGUGGGAGGCGGUGGCUGGGGGCGGAAGGAGGAAACAGCGGCGGAGGAAGGGUCAAAGGAAAGUGGUGGACGUUGAUCAUGAUGACAAUGAGUUGGGUGCAGAUCAUGACGAUGACAUGAAUGGUAAUGUUGGAAGUGAGAGACAGCGAGAGCACCCCUUCAUUGUGACUGAGCCCGGCGAGGUUGCACGCGGAAAGAAGAACGGCCUUGAUUACCUUUUCCAUCUCUACGAGCAGUGCCGUGAUUUCUUGAUCCAGGUCCAGAACAUUGCCAAGGAGCGCGGUGAAAAAUGCCCCACCAAGGUGACAAACCAAGUGUUCAGGUUUGCGAAAAAGGCUGGAGCGAGCUACAUUAACAAGCCUAAAAUGCGACACUACGUGCAUUGUUAUGCCCUCCACUGCCUUGACGAGGAAGCGUCCAAUGCACUGAGAAGAGGUUUCAAGGAAAGAGGGGAAAACGUUGGGGCUUGGAGACAGGCAUGCUACAAGCCUCUGGUGGCCAUAGCAGCACGCCAAGGAUGGGACAUUGACGCCAUUUUCAAUGCACAUCCCCGUCUAUCCGUUUGGUAUGUACCAACCAAACUUCGUCAACUUUGUCAUGCUGAGCGAAACCAUGCCACAGCUUCGAGCUCUGUUUCUGGUGGGGCUGACCACAUGCCCUUCUGAAAUUCAAGGCGUCAUCAGGUGCACUGACUACUAUAUGUUCUGUAAGAGAGAGGGAGAGUUCAAGGAACCCGUUCAUAUUAAAUAUUGUACGUGGGUCUCUAAAGGAAAAUUUGUAUUUCUAUGACUGUACUAAAUGAUGACAGUCUGGUCAUGUGAACUAUUCCUAUUGCUUUGUUAUGUUUGAUAUCGUAUUUUAACAUUUUAUAUUC